AUGGCCAUCCGGAUUAGCCAAGAUGAACAACCCUCUCCAAAACAUGCUAUGGAUCAAAAGCUUCUAUCUCAUGCUGCUGUUAUUGACAUGUCAAAGAAAUCAAAAUUCCAUAGCUUUACUUCACCCCCACCCACAAUUCCGCUAGUUGACUCUAGUCAUUCCACUAUCAGUGAACGUCACCUUCAGCACAAUGUUGACAGUGCUGUGAACACAUUGACUGCCAAGCUCUAUGCCUUUGACAAAGCAAAUGUGGACAACCCAAAGUACACGUCUUUAUGUAACAAGGCAAAAGCCCACAACAUGACCUAUUUGAUGGAAGAUAUUAGACGAUUUGGACCUGCCCUCAACUUUGAAACAGAAAAAGGCAAACAGUUUAACAAACACAUUCGAGAGCAUCUGAUUCACACCAAUUGGCUAAACACCUCAAGAGAUGUCUGA